AUGUACGACUCAUAUCGUCCACACCCUCUCCUCGCCCAGGUCCCACUGACCGUCUCACCCUUCAUCAACCUCCCUACCUCCGUCACAUUACCCUACACAUACAAAUCCGUUCCUUCAUCUCUACCCCCCUCAGUGACAGUCGAUCCAAACAGCCCUGAUAGUAAGGCCCGAUAUGUCAUAUCCCCAAGCGGUGAGCACGCAGCUCACCCUGACGAUGUCCUCGCCGCGUGCAAUUCCCUCGAACAACAUUUGAAUAAGGCCCGCAGCGACGCGGACCAAGCGAUCAGCGCUUGGAAAGAGUCAAUCAAACAACGCGAGUUAGCCGAAAAGAGACGUCUGGCUCCUGGGUGGCUUGAUCGCGAGGAGAAGCUCCUUCAACCUAGCCGAACCAGCAGUUCUCCUGAUGCACGGGACGAUGCCCAUGCAAGCCUAUUGGAUAGUUCUUCCCCUGAACAGGGCUCUUCGCAGUUGCCGACUAUGGUGCCGCAUAACGAUGGAGAGGAGUUGGAUAGAGCAUUCGGUGGUCUAGGUUUAAAACAAUGA